AUGAAGAGCUUCAUUGCAAUUGCGACUCUGGCUGUUGGUGCCAACGCCCUCGUUGGCCGCAGUGACAGCUGCUGCUUCCACCUCACUGCCUCUGGUGAUAAGUCUGGCUCUCUGGGCCAGUUGAGCGAUGGAAAGGUCCGUGUUGGUGACAACAGCCUAUCAGCUGCCAAGUUCUGCCUGUCUGGAGGUGUCAUCACCGAUAGCGAGGGCCGUGGCUGUGUGGUUACUAGCGAGACCACCCAGUUCCAGUGCGACGCCGGUAGCGCCGGUACCUCUGGCUUCUCCCUAAGCUCCUCCGGUAGCCUCGAAUUCAACGGAAGCUCCAGCUUCGUCGCCUGCGCAACAGGCCAGAACAACGGCGACAACAUCUACACCACCGAAAGCGACUCCGUCACCCAGUGUGUGAGCGUCAAGCUUACGGCUGACUCGACCUGUGCCGCUGCCUCGUCUUCUUCUGUCGCCUCUAUUGCUCCCGCUCCCACCUCAGUACCUGUCAGCACUCCUAUUCCUUCGGGCUCUUCACCUGUCGGCGCUUCCUCUUCCUCCUCGGUCUCGGCCCCAGCUAGUACUCCACUCGUUGGAUCUUCUUCGAGCAUCGUCACUAAGACUUCCUCCACGGCUUUGGCGUCCACGAGCUCUGCUGCUGGCACGACCGCUUCGUCUGCUUCUUCUGCUUCGUCGACUGCUGCUCCGGCUUCUAGCUCGACUGCUGCUAGCGCGGCUACCCGCUUCGAGUUGGGUAAAUUGGCUGCUGUGAUGGUUGUUCUUUCCAUCGUUUCAGUCUUCUUUGUUUAA